AUGCCUCCAGCAAUUGUUCCAGUUCAUCAGUUCGGAAACUCUUCUUGUCGGCCAUUCGCUGGAAUCGGAUUUCAAAGCUCUUCGUUAGACCCACCUAAAUGUGAUCGAUACGGAACAAUGGUUCCCCAAAAAUGUGUUUAUCACCAUCGGAAAAAGUUCGAUCAAAACGAAGCUUUGUUCGCACAUGACGUCCAGGACAUCCAAGCACGACUUCAAGGUGGUGUGGUCGUAGGCAUAAUUCCAAGAAGGUUAACGGACCGGAUUGUGAGCUGGUGCACAAUACGAAUGGACUUGGUGGCUAUAGUGAGCCUUGUGGAUAUGAAACGCGUUCCGAAUAAAUUUGUCCUACCACAAUAUGAAAUCGUAUAUAGUUUGGAUUGUGAGCUGGUGCACACUAUGAAUGGCCUUGAAGUGGCUAGAGUGAGCCUCGUCGAUACAAAAGGACGCGCUAUUCUCGAUACAUGUGUUCUUCCACAAUAG